AUGCCAACGCUGCAAGCGCCCCGCGGCCGGCCCCACCUGCUCCUCCUGGCGCCGCUGCUGCUGCUGCUGCUGGCCUUCUGGCCGGCUCCGGCCGUCGCGCGCCCCCCGCCCCUGGCGCUCCGGACGCCCCGGCAGCCGGGCGCCGGCCUCGCGCUGGCCGCCUCCAGCCCGGCCGCCCGCAGGGUCGCCCAGACGGCCGUCCACUACUACAACUUCCAGCGGGGCUCGCCCAGCGCGCUGCGGGCGCCGGGGCAUGUCAAGAAGGCCUCCCUCAAGGUUAUUCCAGGACUUGGGCGCAAGUACAUCAUAGUGUUUGGUACGAAAGAUCUCCAAACUGGGGAAAACCUGGGCCCUUGCUACGCCUAUGUGUUCUACCAGAAGGAAAAGCCACACCCGUUUGUUGAAAUUUUCUGCUCGCCCGACCAAAACAGAACUCAGCACCUGGAGCAAGACUAUGCCUUGUACCACAGUCUUAGAGGAGAUAAAAAGCCCUCUUUGGAGCGCCUGUGGAGUUUGGGUGAUUACGGCAGCAGCUUCAUUGCGUGGCAGUCAUCGACUGAGGACUUGGCUUACACUUUGACCCUAAUCAAGCAUGUGCAGCCGUGGAAAAGAGAAGACGAUUCACUUGAAUUUGACUACAAUGUUCUGCUUAGCGAUGUGUUCACAGAGGCUUCCCUUUCUUGCCACAUGCGUAUUGUUUGGAGACCUGGCCAGCCCGCGCAAGUGAAAUACGACUGCUCUUCAGAGGAUGGUUCUACAGAAUCCGCUGAUGGCUCUGGAGCGGAAUUUGGAUCUACUGAGGGUUUUUUUGGGUCAGGAAAUAAUUAA